AUGCAAAAGUUGGUUUUGCUAAUGGACAAACUGAAAAUCCAACUUAUAAACAAGUUUGUGGAGGUGAUACAAAUUGUAAUUGCUGAAGUUUUACAAAUAUCUUAUGAUCCAUCAACAGUUUCAUUAAAAGAAUUAUUAGGUUUUUUUUAUAAGACUCAUGAUCCAACUACUUUAAAUAGUCAAGGUCCUGAUCAAGGUACUCAAUAUCGUUCAGCAAUUUUCACACAUGAUGAUGAAGAUUUAAAAAUUGCUAAACAAGUUACAGAAGAAUAUCAACCAAAAUGGGGGAAUGCAAUUGUUACUAAAGUUGAACCAAUUAAAAAUUUUUAUGAUGCUGAAGAUUAUCAUCAAUUAUAUUUACAUAAUAAUCCUUCAGGAUAUGAAUGUCCAACUCAUUUUGUUAGAAAUAUUUGA